CCUCAUAAUAUUGUACAUCUCUAUUAUCAAAUUUAUCAUUUUGUUGCCUGUUUCACUGGUUCAUCUGGAAAAUGGCUGGAAGCGUUCCUCAGCAGGCGAGUGAUAUAAAGGCGGAAGACCAUCAGGCGUAUAUGAAAUUUGCGCUAUCUCUUGCUACCAAAUCCCCGCCAAAACCCACCAACUAUCGAGUCGGAGCGGUGGUCGUGGACAUAACUACGAACGAGAUCUUGGCAACGGGGUAUACACUCGAGCUUCCCGGUAAUACUCACGCUGAGCAAUGCUGCUUUGAGAAGCUUGCAGAAAAGUACGAUAUUGCAGCAAGCCGCAUAGGUGAAGUCCUCCCGAACCAAGUCGCACUUUACACCACAGUAGAGCCAUGCUCCCAAAGGCUCAGCGGAAACCUACCGUGUGUGGAUAGGAUAUUAGCCAUAGGGAAUAAGAUCAAGACUGUUUAUGUUGGAGUUCAUGAACCAGAAAAGUUCGUUAGCGAUAAUUCUAGCAAGCGGAAGUUAGAGGAUGCCAACAUCGGAUUCGUACACGUCUCUGGAUUUGAGAAGGAAAUAUUAGAAGUUGCAACGGCAGGUCAUGAUAAGCCCAGCUAAAUGUAACUGCCGAUGGAGUCUAUUCGCUGUCAUGUUGUAUGCUAUCGUAUUCGACAUACAUCAAUCAUUUCAAAAUACAAAGAUGUUAUGAACGAUACGUUCCAUCGACGUAUAAGUAGACUGCCUGGGUAUAGAAGAGAAGUUGACUAAGAACCGAACGAAAUUAAAGAACUCCGGUGGAAAAUACGACUAUUGAGAAUAAAUUUAUUCCGAGUUGCAUCUAGAGAAACGUGUUGGAGUGAUUUGAUAUGUGAGGAAUCGAGCACGACGCAGGGUCCUACUGAAAAAGAAAGAAAAAAAGAAAAUGACGUAGUCAAAUCGAAUAAAAACUGAAGUCGCAAAAAGAUAAAGUCAAACCUAAUACGAGGGUCGAACAUGUUAGAUAAGCUAGUUAUUUUGGGGGGAGAAAUGGAAGCCGUAAUGAAGACAAAAAAAAAUGAGGGGUUGCUUGUCCCAGUAAACUGGGAAGCAUCAGGAAUUGAGCCCGAUGCGGGGGUCGAACCCGCAACCUUGAGAUUAAGAGUCUCACGCUCUACCGAUUGAGCUAACCGGGCG